AGAGAGAAUUGGUGACAUGUUAAAAUCAUACCCAUUAGAUGUGCCUUUAGAUUCUUUUAGAUUGCAAGGACUUCAUUUUUUAAAAAUAGUUCACCCAUUUCUUACAAGCAGUAUACAAAUAUGUUGUAUGGAUACAAGAUAUCCCUUUCCCCAGGAAAUGAAGGCUGAGAGAUGGAGGCACAAAUUAUGCUCAAGAGUCAGUGCAGGUUAUCUGAGUCAACUCUCAUAGGAAGUUAUACAGCAGGGUCAUAAGGUGUUGGGAGAGAACAUGGAGAAAACACCAAGAAGGAAGGAAAGCCACUCUGUGGAUGGGACAUUCUCCAGAGGAGUAUAAAAGCCUUAAGCAGAGAAGGAGCACUUCAAACCCAUCCCUCCUCCUCUGCUCCUCUCCUGAAAAAAACCAUCCAUCCACCCACCAUGUGCCACACCAGCUGCUCCUCUGGCUGCCAGCCAACCUGCUCCGUGCCCGUGUGCUGCAAGCCCGUCUGCUGUGUCCGUCCUUGCUGCCGCCCGGCCUCCUAUGUGACCCUGCUGUGCCGCCCAGCGUGCCCUGUGGUGACCAGCUGCCAGGCAGUCUGUGGAGCUGGAAGCUGUUCCCCCUCCUGUUGCGUGUCCAGCCCUUGCCAGUCCAGCUGCUGCCAGGCUAGUCCCUGCAGCCCCUCUUGUGUGUCCAGCCCCUGCCAGUCCAGCUGCUGCCAGGCUAGUCCAUGUAGCCCCUCUUGCUGUGUGUCCAGCCCCUGCCAAUCCAGCUGCUGUGUGUCCAGCCCCUGCCAGUCUGCCUGCUGCGUGCCUGUCUGCUGCAAACCUGCUGUGUGCGUGCCUGUCCGCUGCAAACCUGUGACCUGUGGGUUCCCCUCCUGCCAGGUCUCCUGCUGCCAACCAGUUUCCUAUACAACCUUGAUCUGCAGACCCACCUGUGCCCCUUCCUGCAGCUGCUGAGCAGGAGUGAGUCCUCCAAGCCAUCCACUCAGAGUCCAGAUGAGACUGGAGCCCCCUGACCUGGGUCAUUGUGGCCACAGCUCUGCAGAUCCCCUAGAACUCUGUAAGCUUUCCCUGGCCACACAAAGCAGGGCUAUGGAUCCAGUCAACAGGAGCUUCCAUUUCCCCCAUCCCCCUCCCCUGUGACCCACAGAACAAAGAUCCUCACUGUAGAUACUUUGGCUCUGCUCAUUGUCCACUUUGCCUGAGGGUGGAUCUUCUCUCAAAAGGCCAUCCCAUUGGAUGUUUGCUGUUGGAAUCAGCCUUGGUCAGAAGCAAGGUUGAACUAAUAAAUCAGUGGGAUCUGCCAUAUACA